AUGGGAUGGGUUCGCAUGCACCAGUAUAAAGAGCCCUUCACCAACACGACUGCAAAGGAUGAAGAAAACCACCUUCACCCGCGUUCUACGAAACCCAACAAACAGACACACCGGUCGUCGGCGAUAUCUGUGGACAACCCACUCCUCGAGAUGGCCCUCUCACUCGCGCAGAACUGCGUGCCGGGCACCUUCGACCCGUCCGUCUUCGGCGCCUCGGUGCUAGCCCUCGAGGCGAACCUGGUGACCAACUACAGCGCCUCUGCCCCGGAAGGCGUCCGCUUCACCUCGCCGGCCGCCGAGCUCCGCAACGCCACCUUCUGCAACGUCACCGUCACCUACACCCACCCGGGCCAGGGCGACAGGAUCGUCGUCGAGGCCUGGCUGCCGUCAUCGUCGUCGUCGUCGUCGUGUUCAGCGCCGGGCGGUGGUUGGAACGAGCGGUUCUUGGCCGUCGGGGGCGGGGGGUACGCCGCCGGCCGCAUCUGGCUGAGCUACGGCGCCAUGAACGGCGCCCUCGCCGACGGCUACGCCACCGUCACCACGGACGCCGGCCUAGGUUCCUCGGAGGACCCUACCCCCUGGGCCCUCCUCAGCCCCGGCAACGUCGACCUGUACGGCCUGCAGAACCUGGCCUACGUGUCCCUGUACGACCAGGCGGUCAUCGGCAAGUCUCUCGUCAAGAGCUUCUACGGCCGCGACCCGGCGUACUCGUACUGGACCGGCUGCUCCCAAGGCGGCCGGCAGGGCCUCGCGCUGGCCCAGCGGUACCCGGACCUCUACGACGGCAUCGUCGCCGGCGCGCCCGCCAUCAACUGGACCCGGCUGUUCGCCCACAUCCACUGGCCGCAGCAGGUCAUGAACGAGCUGGGCGCGUACCCGUACCCGUGCGAGCUCGACGCCAUCGUAAGAGCCGCCGUGGCCGCGUGCGACGGGGCCGACGGCGUCGUCGACGGCGUCAUCUCGGACGCCGGCGCGUGCCUCGACGCCUUCGACGCCUUCUCCCUCGUUGGGACGCGGACGGCCUGUCCGCAGGCGGGCGGGGCCGACAAGACCAUCAGCGAGGCCGCGGCCGUCGUCGUCAACGCCACGUGGCGCGGCGUCGUCACCGCCGACGGCGAGAGCAUCUACCCGGGGAUCCUGCCGGGGGCGGAUCUCACGGGCAACCUGAACGGGCUGGGCGGCAUCGCGGGCACGAGCUGCGACGCGGACGGCUGCGCGGGGGCGCCCGUGGUGCUCGGCACCACGUGGUUCCAGCUAUUCCUGGCCAAGGACGCGAGCUUCCCGCUCGGGAACAUGACGCGCGAGCGGUUCGACGCGCUCGUCCACCGGGGAGAGCAGCAGUAUCAGUCCAUGCUGGACACGGCCGACCCGGACCUGCGGGCCUUCAAGGCCGCGGGGGGCAAGAUGGUCUCUUUCCACGGUCUCACCGAUAACGUCAUCCCGCCGGCCGGGAUAGCGGCGUACUACGACGCCGUGGCGGGCGUCACCCCGGACAUCCGGGACUUCUACCGGCACUUCGAGGCGCCCGGGCUCGCGCACUGCUACGGCGGAGCGAGCGGGCCGCCGACGGGGCUCUUCUCGCAGCUGCGCGACUGGGUCGAGAACGGCGCGUCCCCUCCCGAGCGGACGCCGGUGAGGGUGGCCGUCGUCGACGAGGAGGCGGCGACGACGACGACGCACGAGAGGAUACUGUGCGCGUACCCGCAGAGGGCGGCGUUGGACGACGGCUGCGGCGACGCGUCGCGGGCCGAGUGCUGGUCGUGUGCCGGCGAGGCGCGCGUCUCGUAG